GCCCGCGGCGCCCAGCGGCUGCGCGUAGCUGGGGCGCCCGCGGCAGCGUAGGACCCCGCGGCUGUGACCUGGGCGCGGGUGUGGCUACUGCGCAUGCGCCGACGGAGGAGCCGGCCUCGGCCGCUGGCGAGACUCUCCGCGGCUCCGGGCACCCGCGGGCGCAGGUUCCCACGCCGGGAAGCGGUGGCGGCGCGUGGGCGCCGAGCGUUUGGAAGGGAAGGUCAUCCUCCCUGGUCCCCGGGGAUUGGACGGAAACCGAAAGAUGGAGCCCUGACUGCGGUCCCUGCUGCACGCGCACCAUGGCGUUCCUCUCGCUGUUCAUGCUUGCCGGCCUCGUGACUGGCUGCGCAGGGAACUCGUCAUAUAGCUUGCCACCCAGGCUGCUGCUGGUGUCCUUCGAUGGCUUCAGAGCUGACUAUCUGCAGCACUAUGAACUCCCUCACCUCCAGAACUUUAUUAAAGAAGGUGUCUUGGUAGAACAUGUUAAAAAUGUUUUUAUCACGAAAACGUUCCCAAACCACUACAGCAUCGUGACAGGCUUGUAUGAGGAAAGCCACGGCAUCAUCGCCAAUUCCAUGUAUGAUUCAGUCACCAAGAAAUAUUUUUCUGACUCCAGCAACAAGGACCCUUUCUGGUGGAACGAGGCGGUCCCCAUCUGGGUGACAAACCAGCUACAGGAGAACAGGUCGAGUGCUGCUGCCAUGUGGCCUGGCACAGACGUCCCCAUCCACAACACCACCCCUUCCUAUUUCAUGAAUUACAAUCCCUCGGUGACUUUUAAGGAGAGGCUGGACAACAUCACCACGUGGCUCAGCAUUUCAAACCCACCAGUCACCUUUGCCACCCUCUAUUGGGAGGAGCCGGAUGCAAGCGGCCACAAGUACGGGCCUGAAGAUAAGGAACACAUGCGCCGGGUGUUAAAGGAAGUGGACGACCAUAUUGGUGACCUGGUCCAGAACCUAAAAGUGGCAGGACUGUGGGACAGUCUCAACGUGAUCAUCACAAGUGACCAUGGGAUGUCGCAGUGUUCUGAGAGCAGAGUGAUACGCUUGGACCUCUGCAUUGAUCCUUCAGACUACAGCCUCAUCGAUCUGACCCCUGUGGCUGCAAUUCUUCCCAAAAUAAAUAUAACAGAAGUUUAUGACAAAUUAAAAAAUUGUAGCUCUCACAUGAAUGUUUAUCUCAAAGAAGAUAUUCCUAGUAGAUUUCAUUACCAGCAUAAUGAUCGAAUCCAGCCUAUUAUUGUGGUUGCUGAUGAAGGGUGGACAAUUGUACAAAAUAAAUCAUUACCAAAAUUAGGAGACCACGGCUAUGACAACUCUUUGCCUGCCAUGCAUCCGUUUCUAGCUGCCCACGGUCCUGCCUUUCACAAAGGCUACAAGCAGAGCACCAUGAACAUCGUGGAUAUUUACCCAAUGAUGUGCCACAUCCUGGGAUUAAAACCACAGCCCAAUAAUGGAACCCUUGGGCACACCAAGUGCUUACUAGCUGACCAGUGGUGCAUUAAUCUCCCAGAAGCCAUUGGGAUUGUCGUUGGCGCACUGUUGGUGUUGACUGUGCUCACGUGCCUCAUAAUAUUCAUGCAGAAUAGACUUUCUUCACCCCGCCCCUUCUCCCGACUUCAGCUACAAGACGACGAUGAUGAUCCUUUAAUUGAGUGACAGGCUGGGGCUCCUACACGGUGUCGUCUUCGAUCAACCUCAGAACUAAGGAUACAUUCAAGGAGUAGUGUUACAACCGUGAAAACAUAAAGACAGCUUAGACCAGGCAUGCUGGAAGUAUUUUGUGUUUCCUUGUGCUUUGUUUUGGUGCGUUGCUAAUACAAACAACCCCGAUUAAAGUUGCUAGUUAAU